AAGAUAACCCAGUGGCCCAAUGACACCUUCAAUACAAAACUGAAAAUAUCGUCUCCGGCGUAAACAAGGGUUAGGGUUAGGGUUUCUUUCUCACCGGAAAAAAAUGUCCAGUUCCGGACGGCCGUCGGCGGCGACCGUUGCAACCGGAGACUUACAGAUUGUACCGGCGUCCUCAGAUAGAACCGCGAUCUCCGCUCUUCCUCCUCGACAUCCAAAUAAUAAUUCUUCAACAGCUCUUGCUGAAUACACGCCUCCGGUAGCUAAUCAGGAGGAUGAGGAUCUCGAGGUCAAGCUCCGGCGUAUUUUAGAUUGUGUUCCUGUUCGUGUUAACAAUACUUCCGGUAGUUCUGCCGGUUCUGGCUCCGGUGACUUUCAUCAGUACCGACAAAUGAGACGGAAGGAACAAGACAGGCUUGCAAGAAUGGAUGUUGACUUCCAAAAGAGGAAACAAGUGGCAGAGUUUAACAAGCGGAGAGAAGAAAGAUUAAAAGCAACAGAAGAACGAACUGCAAAAAAGCGUUUGAAACGCCAGAAGAAAAAGCAAAAGAAACAAGAAAAGAAGAUGAAGUUGGAAGCAGGUGAUCAUGAAGAAAAAAGGAAGGAAGAUAAUUCUUCAGAUGGCGAUCAAGAUCAAGACUCUGGUAAUGGUAAUGACGACUAAACAAAAAUCUUUGUAUCUCAAUGCAAAUAGUGUUGUUCUUAAACGUUCAUUUUGAUUUAUAGGACCGGUUGUCUCUUAAUGAUAUCUAGUCAACAAUUUCUGAACUUUAGUCAUAUCAUGUGUGUUAAAGAUUUCAGGGUUGAAAUUAUGACUCAUUUUAUAAAUAAUCAGUUCGUUUCGGUAAA